AUGAGCGACACUCAUUCAACCCAUGGUGGCGGGACUUCCUCAGUCUACCGUGGUGUCCGCAAGCGCAAAUGGGGGAAAUGGGUGUCUGAAAUACGUGAUCCAUUGACCAAAUCUCGCAUUUGGCUUGGGAGUUUUGACACACCAGAAAUGGCAGCAGUGGCAUACGAUGCAGCAUCGUUUUACUUUCGGAGAGACAAUGCCAUUCUCAAUUUUCCACAAAUGGCUACAGCUCUCCCAAUCCCGGCUAGCCCCAGUGCUGACGACAUACGGGUGGCUGCUCACCAGGCUGCAUUGCUGGUUAAACCCUCCACAGCAGAGCUCGAUACUGGCUCAGGCUCGGCUCAGUAUGUCCCCACCAACAUUGGACUUUCGGCUAGCGAAAUCCAGGCUAUCAAUGAUUCGCCACUUGAUACCCCAGAAAAUUGGAUGGAAUAUAAUUACAACCCGGGAAUGUAUUUUUCCAACGAUGCAAACUUUGAAUAUACUAGUGACUGGAAUGAAGUACCUGACGAUUCCCUCUGGAAUUCAUAA